ACUAUUACACUUCGUGUCGUUUUCUACUCCUACACAUUUUCAUGGUUUCGAGCUGACCUAUCAGUGUGAGUGGGAAAAACGGCAGGAUGUUUAUGAAUGUAGGAGAAGGACGCUCUGAAGUGUAACGGGAUAUGGCUUGAAAAACGACACGACGUGUCCCUUUCUGUCUAGCCGUUUAGGCCUCUGUUCGUCAUUUCGUCUCCUUCCUUAGAACAAACAGAAAAGGAGAGACCUUUUUAUCGAUUUUUCUGUGGGUAAGAUCCAGAGAUUGAAUCAGCUUAAAUACUUAAUAAAAUCCAGGUAAUUCUUUUGUUUUCUUUUUUCCCACCACGAUUUCGAAAUUCUAUAGCUUUUUUGUGGUUCCCCUGUGCCUUGUACUUCAUCUCGUUUCCUGGGAAAUGCUUUUGCUGUAUAACAAUGAAAGCCACAAGAAGCAAGAACGUCCAGAUUCUCAAACCCGACCACCGGUUCCUUCAGGACGAAGUUCCGAAUCUACAGAUACAAACUCCGUCUACUCAGAGCCGAUGGCACAUGGGCUUUACCCCUAUCCAGAUCCUUACUACAGAAGUGUCUUUGCACAGCAAGCGUAUCUUCCACAUCCCUAUCCUGGGGUCCAGCUGCAGCUAAUGGGAAUGCAGCAACACGGGGUUCCAUUGCAAUGUGAUGCAAUCGAGGAGCCUGUUUUUGUUAAUGCAAAGCAAUACCACGGUAUACUCAGGCGUAGGCAAUCCAGGGCAAAGCUUGAGGCACGGAAUAGAGCUAUCAAGUCAAAGAAGCCAUAUAUGCAUGAAUCUCGGCAUUUGCAUGCGAUAAGACGGCCAAGAGGAUGUGGCGGCAGGUUUCUCAAUGCCAAGAAGAAGAAUGGAGACCACAAGGAGGAAGUGGAUGAGGAGGAGGAAGCAACCUCUGAUGAGAACGCUUCAGAAGCAAGUUCCAGCCGCAGGUCUGAGGAAUCAGCCAUGGCUCCUAAUGGUAGAUCUUGAGUGAGGUUCUUGCACAGCCACAUCAAGUUCGGGUUUCUAUUUCGGGGUGGGUGUUUGCCUCAUAGCAUCAUCGUCUUUAGUGUUUUUGGACAGGCUGUGUAGUCUUGUGUAUAGGGUUAUUUGCUUGGAGCAGCUAGGGUGGCUUUGUUUUAGUGAUUAGAAAAUAAAACUGAGCAAAGAAAGUGAAAAGCGUGAUUGAAAGUAUUGUUUGUACCAAAAUGAUCUUCUUUGCCAAUGAAUUGGUGUUUUUGGAAACUAAACUAAUGUUAUUUAUCUUUGUUUUGCUAUGAUUUUGUAUAGACUGUCUUUUUUCUCUAUAUGCAUUGAUAAUGCUAUGGAUCAAUUAUUUGGUGA